UUGGACUGCAGAAUGGCAGAUCGUAAGGUCUGGACUGUAAAGCCACCAGCCUGUUCUGCUUCUGUGGAGGUCGAGGUCAAGACUAUAGAGGACGCCACUGAGAUAACCGUUAAACGCAAGACAAUCAACAAAGAGAUGAUAAAAGAAACCAGGAGAGAUAAAGCUGUUCUCUGCCCUCAGACUCGCAGCGGGCUGAAAACCAGCCGCUUGACUGCUUCCUGUCUGCGCCGUCAACCCGUACUGCGGUUGAACAGGCUUGACAUUAGCGAUAUGCCGUUACCCAAGUCCUUGCUAACACUGAUUCUAAGGAGAGGGAGACUGCAGGCUGAGACAAGACGCCCAGGACCGAAAGGAAUUGACAGAAAGAAAAAACGGAGAAGAGGUCGUGGUAUUACAAAUGAGAAGAUUGAAACGCACACACUUGACAUAAGCGAUAUGCCGCUACCCAAGUCCCCGCUAACACUGACCCUAAAGAGAGGGGUACUGCUGGAUGAUCCGACGAGUUCCCAAGUCCAGAAAAAAAGAGGUAGAAAAAAAGGAGAGAAAAUAGGACCUGGUAUCACAAGAUUAAAGAUUGAGAAGAUUGGAGCACACACGCUUGACAUAAGCGAUGUGCCAUUACCCAAGCCCUCGCUAAAACUGGUUAUAAGGAGAGGGAAAUUGCAGGCUGAAGCAACAGGUUCUCAAGGGAAAAAAACAAGGGGCAGAAAGAAAAAAUGGAGAAGACGAUGUGGUGUCAAAAAUGAGAGUGUGAAAAGAGAGCGGUCACCUGAAACUGAGGAAGAAGCUGAACCAUCAGAUAAUGAACUUUGGACCAGUGUUAAUACAGGGGUCACUCUCAAUGAAAAGACCCCUGUCGAUGAAUCUGGUGGAGACCAUCCUUCUCAUUUCCCAUCAUCUCAUAAGAGGGAGGAGGAACAGCCCAUACAGACCUUUCACACAAAGGAGCACAGUGGUCAUAUGGCCGAAGGGCAGAACAGAGAAGAAGUCUCAGAGAUUGUACCUCAGGACUCACUAACUCCUGAGCUAUCCAGCACCGCUCACAAAAUUAAUUCAGAGGAGCACAGUGGUCAGAUGGCCAAAGGGCAGAACAGAGAAGAAGUCUCAGAGAUUGUUCCUCAGGACUCACCAACUCCUGAGCCAUACAACACCUCUCACAAAAUUAAUUCAGAGGAGCACAGUGGUCAUAUGUUCGUCGGGCAGAACAGAGAAGAACUUCCAGAGAUGGUACCUCAGGACUCACCAACUCCUGAGCCAUCCAACACCUCUCACAAAAUUAAUUCAGAGGAGCACAGUGGUCAGAUGGCCAAAUGGCAGAACAGGGAAGAACUCUCAGAGAUUGUACCUCAGGACUUACUAACUCCUGAGCCAUACAACACCUCUCACAAAAUUAAUUCAGAGGAGCACAGUGGUCAUAUGUUCGUCGGGCAGAACAGAGAAGAACUUCCAGAGAUGGUACCUCAGGACUCACCAACUCCUGAGCCAUCCAACACCUCUCACAAAAUUAAUUCAGAGGAGCACAGUGGUCAGAUGGCCAAAUGGCAGAACAGGGAAGAACUCUCAGAGAUUGUACCUCAGGACUUACUAACUCCUGAGCCAUACAACACCUCUCACAAAAUUAAUUCAGAGGAGCACAGUGGUCAGAUGGCCAAAGGGCAGAACAGGGAAGAACUCUCAGAGAUUGUUCCUCAGGACUCAACAACUCCUGAGCCAUACAACACCUCUCACAAAAUUAAUUCAGAGGAGCACAGUGGUCAUAUGUUCGUCGGGCAGAACAGAGAAGAACUUCCAGAGAUGGUACCUCAGGACUCACCAACUCCUGAGCCAUCCAACACCUCUCACAAAAUUAAUUCAGAGGAGCACAGUGGUCAUAUGUUCGUCGGGCAGAACAGAGAAGAACUUCCAGAGAUGGUACCUCAGGACUCACCAACUCCUGAGCCAUCCAACACCUUUCACAAAAUUAAUUCAGAGGAGCACAGUGGUCAGAUGGCCAAAUGGCAGAACAGGGAAGAACUCUCAGAGAUUGUUCCUCAGGACUCACCAACUCCUGAGCCAUACAACACCUCUCACAAAAUUAAUUCAGAGGAGCACAGUGGUCAUAUGUUCGUCGGGCAGAACAGAGAAGAACUUCCAGAGAUGGUAUCUCAGGAUUUUCUAACUCCUGAGCCAUCCAACACCUCUCACAAAAUUAAUUCAGAGGAGCACAGUGGUCAGAUGGCCAAAGGGCAGAACAGGGAAGAACCCUCAGAGAUGAUACCUCAGGACUUACUAACUCCUGAGCCAUCCAACACCGCUCACAAAAUUCAUUCUGAGGAGCACAGUGGUCAGAUGGCUGAAGGGCAGAAGAGAGAACUCCCAGAGGUGGUACCUCAGGACUCACUAACUCCUGAGCCAUCCAACACCUCUCACAAAAUUCCUUCCGAUGAGCACAGUGGUCAGAUGGCUGAAGGGCAGAAGAGAGAAGAAGUCUCUGAGAUUCAAUCCGAUAACAGCAUGAGUAGUGAUGUGAACCUGAAUAGCCUCAAUGAAAACUACAGUCAGGAGAUCAGUCAAUACCAACCCAUGAAGGACAUUGACCCAUUGAAGGACAAAAAGUCUGUGGAUGAUUCAUUGGAAAAUGAGAUGCCCAAUGACAAAGAACCAAACUCAACCAUUGGCUUAACAGGGAAGCAGGUGUCCCAGACUGACCCAAAGCCUCUCCAGGAUUCUCAACCAGAGACGAGCGGAGAAGUGAAGAACAAGAUACAGAGCGGGAAACUGCAGGCUGAGGCCACGGGUUCCAACGGACAGAAAAGAAGAGGCCGAAAGAGAAAACAGAAAAGAGGACGUGGUGUCAAAAAUGAGAAGAGCGAAGCAAAGGGUGUGAAGAGAGAGCGGUCACCUGAAACUGAGGAAGAUGCCGAACCAUCAGAUAAUAAACUUUGGACCACUGUCAUUAAAAGGACCACUGUCUGUGAUUCUGGUGGUGUCUCAGAGAGUGUACCUCAGGACUCACUAACCCCUGAGCCAUCCAACACCUCUCACAAAAGAAGUCAACGAAUCAAAGCAUGCUCUUUCUGUCGCAAGACUUUCACUGAAACACUGGGCUUGACAAGACACAUGCGAUCUCACAUUGAGCAGAGGUCACACCAAUGCACCCUGUGUGGGCAAGACUUUGAAUUCAGUGAGGACUUAGAGGAACACCAGAAGAGUAGCUGUGAGGAGAAGAAGAGUGGGGAUGACUACUGUGGGGAAACUGUCCAGCAAAAAAAAUAUCUGAAAAAAAACCCUGAUCUGAAAAGAGACAAAAAGCCUGAUCUGAAAGGAGACAAAAAAGCUCAUCUGAAUAGAGUCAAAAAAGCUCAUCUGAAAAGAGACAAAAAAUCGGAUCUGAAAGGACAAACAAAAGACGGCUCCAUAAAGUGCCAUGUGUGUGGGAAAAGCUUUGAAGAGUUCUUUGAAGAGCUCUCUAAUGACUCCGAUAUCAGCAUGAAUAGUGACGUGAACCUGAAUAGCCUCGAUGAAGACUACAGUCAGGAGAUCAGUCAAUACCAACCCAUGAAGGAUGUUGACCUGAAUAGCCUCGAUGAAGACUACAGUCAGGAGAUCAGUCAAUACCAACCCAUUAAGGAUGUUGACCUGAAUCGCCUCUAUGAAGACUACAGUCAGGAGAUCAGUCAAUACCAACCCAUUAAGGAUGUUGACCUGAAUCGCCUCUAUGAAGACUACAGUCAGGAGAUCAGUAAAUACCAACCUAUUAAGGAUGUUGACCUGAAUCGCCUCUAUGAAGACUACAGUCAGGAGAUCAGUAAAUACCAACCUAUUAAGGACGUUGACCAAUCCAAACCCGCUACCUCAUGA